ACCCGCGAACCCUUACCUCCUCUCUUUCAAUCGCAAAUAUCUCGACUUCUAAUCAAGACAGAUUCGUAUGUCUUUCAUCGAAAUAAAAACAAAUGAACUGGCUUUUAAGAUGAUACAAAUAAUUCCAUUAUAUGCCCAAAAAUUGACAAACGCCUGCCUCCUCCCGCGCCAUGACAUAAUAUUGUUUUUUGAACAAUCUCACAAUGUGGGUGUUACAACGAUACCAUGCCAUUAACCAAACCUACAUGACGUGCUUAUGUUCAUUCAAAAAUUGCCAAGUAUUCAAAGAGCACCAGUUACCAAACCUACACCCACUGAAUCUGUUCUUUCGACAGUCGCGAAAAAUUCCGACUAAGUGCCGGGUGAAUCGACCGACUUAUUGUGUGGCUAGAAGGGCGUUAAACGUCAACAGAAAACUUUCAACAAACCCAGAAAGUGGCCGCGGACGGCCCGAAGCACGAAGAACCAACAAGACGAGCCCACCAAAAGCCCGGAAGGAAACAUCGACCGACUGAGGAGGCCUCCCUCUUCAUCUCCUCACACAAAGUCCAGUCUGAAGAGCGACAGGAAGCAGCGCAUCCUCGGACAAAUUGUUUACUCACCUCAACCAAUCGUCAUUGGUUUUCUCUCCCCCUUCGUCACUCUAAGCCCCGCCCCCCACAACGUCAAUCAUUGCUCCUGUCUCUGAAACGAACGAGUAAGAAGCGAGGAGACGGGAGGAAGAAAUCUCUGCUACUUUCUAAGUUUCUCUGACUGUGGCCCUGGAAGAGAGGAGCGAAAGCGCGUGCGAAGUAAGGAGCAAGGAGUUCCUCGGAAGUUCUUCAGUUCUCUACUUGGUGAAACAUUUCAGAGCAUGUGGUAGAUGCGGGUUUAGCGGCAUAGAUCCAAUUGCCAGGAUUCCUAGCCCAAGUGCCUGCACACGACGCUACCUUCAACCGUUGGAAACCUUUCCGAAGGUCUUCGGAGAUCUUCAGAACCCGCGCCUGUCUGUGUGCGUGGCUGUGUAUGUGCGUGUGUGCGUGUGUGCGUGUGUGUGUGUGUAUGUGCGCUCGCGUGCACACGUGUGUGUGUAUGGGCGUCUGAGGAAGAAAAAAAAUUCGGACCUGUGGGGAAACAACAAGACGAGUGAUCUACAAGAUUGUGAGCUUAGAAGUUGGAUGAACUCAUGCACCGGCAGCAGCUACGACAGAAGGCCAGUCCAGCAUUCAUUUCGGGACCAUUUUCUCCUUCCUAGGAAAAAGUCUGACCGCCGAGGGUUUACUGUGUGCUGAUGCCAGGCACGUCUCACAGUUUUCGCGCCGCUGACAUAAUAUUGUGACGUCUGCAAGUAGGUCUUCCGACAUCCAUGAUAUUGAAUCUCUAGAACUCGGGCCGCCAGAUUGAAACAACAACAAAUAAAACGACAAUAAUCAUAAAAAUAAAAGUUAUAACAAUAAUAACAAAAAACAGCAGUAACAACAACAAUAAUAAUAAUAAUAAUCCCUGACAGUCAACCGGUUUUUCACUUCGAUGAUUGGCUUGCCACGAAUCGAGCGAUCCACCUGACAGUGCCGACAACAGAACUCAAAAAUCAAAGACAAUCUGUGAGUGCACUUCUUUUCAUUCCAAAGGAAGGACAUAACAUACGACGUCGGGGUGUGUGCACACCAGUGUGUCCGUCUGUGCGUGCGUGUGCGCGUUUGUGUGUUGACAUACGUAUGUAUGCACGUAUGCGUAUGCGCGCGCGCGCGUGCGUGUGAGAGUGGCCAGCGUGACGUAGAUCUAGUGUUGUCCCCGCGCCGAGGAUGAGCUGCGUUGACGUCAUGUAUCAGCCCUUCGCCUCUGCCUUCCCGGUCUACCCGAGGGCAGCGUGCUCCGCGGAGCUCUCAAGCCAUAGCGCGGGACAGAGCCUCUCCAGAAUGCAAGAGCCCCUGGACCUGGGCCCCUCCUCCUCCGCCUACCUCCACACGCCCUCGGCACUGCUGACGUCACCCUCAUCGUCCGGCGUGACAUCACUGGGUCCCUCGUCCAUCAUCACGUCACCACUCUCCGCCGCGGCGCCGUCCCCUCUCGGGGUACACCACCAACUCUCCCCACCACCACCACCACCACCACAACCACAAUCACAACCACAACCACCACAACCACAAUCACAACCCUCCCAGCCUCCAACGGCUGCCCCCGUUCUUGGACCACCCUCCGCCCCCACCUCUUCCACAUCCUCCUUUCCCUCCUCCUCCUCCUUAUCCGCCUCCUCGUCGUCCUCCUCCGCUUCAUCCUCUUCAUCGGCGUCUUCGGCCUUGCUUCUGAAGGCUGAGGCAGUCAAAGAGGCGUGCCCCAGAACUGCCCAAUACGUUUCUCCUCGCUGUGUGGUCUACACAUACUUCACCGGGGACGCUGCUGGGGUGGUGGACGAACAUUUCUCCAGGACUCUUAGCCUUUCCGGAAACUACGACCUCCCCCACCACCCACACCAUCAUCACCAUUCUCACCUCAACAACAGCAACAGCAACAACAACAGCAACACGGCGGGGAGCCAGACCAGUAAACAAUUGCCUUCGUCGAAAGGUGAGUCUCAGAAAUUGGGAAAGAGAAAGGGUAAUACAAGAGAGGGAAAGAAAACAAAACAAAAAAGAAGACAAAAACAGUAGAAAGAAAUCAAAUUUGUAAGUAAUGGACGGGCGGCAGAAAAAUAAAAGAAGAAAGUGGCACAAGGGUGAAGGGAAAAAAUGAAA